AGGUGGGGGGAAUCUUCAACAACCUCUAGCGGAGUCGUUCAAAAAAUCCGUGCGAAUGUAGUCAGUUCGAGGAACUAAUACAGCUUUGGGUGUCUGUGAAUCGCGAAUGAGGAGAAGGCGAAUAUUUAACAAUGAAGGACAAAAGUUUGUCGAAACUUGAUAGCAUGGCAGAUGUCCGCGAUAUAUUAGACAUCGAGGUACCUACUACAAGUGAGCUCACGAAGGAAUCAAUUAUAGGUAGUGACAAGAAAAAUCGUAAAAAAUAUGAAUACAAAGUGCCGAAGAGACCGGAGGGCAUGCAUCGUGAAGUCUUUGCAUUGCUCUGUAAAGAUAAUACUGACGUACCUCCGCUUUUUCCAACGGAUACCGCAAAGGGAUAUAAACAAGUUAGAGCUAAACUUGGUAUGAAAAAAGUGAGACCAUGGAAGUGGACACCAUUUACUAAUCCCGCUAGGACAGAUGGUGCUGUUUUUCACCAUUGGAGACGAGUUGCAGAUGCUGGAAAGGAAUAUCCUUUUGCUAAAUUUAAUAAAAAGGUUCCUAUUCCAACAUAUACUAAUGCAGAAUAUGUUCAACAUUUGGUUACAAAUGGUUGGACAAGAGCAGAAACCGAUCACUUGUUUGAUUUGUGUAGGAGGUUCGAUCUAAGGUUUAUCAUAAUCAAAGACAGGUGGGAUUGUACAAAGUUCCCUGCAAGAUCCGUAGAGGACUUAAAAGAAAGGUAUUAUCAAGUGUGUGCAGCUUUAACAAGGGCGAAGUCUCACAAUGACAAGGUUUAUGUGUUUGAUGCUGAACACGAAAAACGCAGGAAAGAACAGUUAAAAAAAUUGUUUGAAAGGACACCGGAACAAGUAGAAGAGGAACAAAUGCUAUUAUCUGAGUUGAGAAAAAUCGAACAAAGGAAGAAGGAAAGGGAUAGAAAGACUCAAGAUUUGCAAAAAUUAAUAACAGCUGCUGAUCACCAAGCUGAUCCAAGGAAGAAUGAAAGAAAACCUGCAAAGAAGAGCGGAGCUUCUGCUCGAAGUAGACCAAACAAAGCUGAUACCUCUCAUACAGUAGAAUCCGCUGGAAUUAAGUUUCCAGAUUUCAAAAAUAGCGGUGUUUCCCUCCGUUCUCAGCGAAUAAAAUUGCCGAGUAGCUUAGGUCAAAAGAAAAUGAAGGGUAUCGAACAAAUGCUUAAUGAACUUCGUAUAGAGUUAAAUCCACCACCCACGGAGCAAAUAUGUCAACAAUUUAACGAAUUAAGGAGCGAUAUCGUUUUACACUAUGAACUUCGAAGCGCGUUAUCGACGUGCGAUUACGAGUUGCAAUCAUUGAGGCACCAAUACGAAGCUUUAGCACCAGGGAAGACAUUAACGAUACCACCUGCCUUGUUACCGAAAAGCGAGCCGGAAGUUAAAGCAGACAUAAUAGAUGUGGUGGGUUCGCCCAGUAUGCCAUCUGUUACUCACUAAUUUCUAUAAUAGCUUAGAAAGAUAAAAACUGUAAAUAAUUUCUUGUACGUUGAAAUGCGAUAUUCAAAUUAUCGAGUACGCUUAAUUGAUGUUUCUCUCUUUGUAUUAUUUCUUUUUACUCUUUAUUAGAAACGAUUAAAAGUAAUUUAAGAGAAA